AUGCACUCAAAAUUAUUUCUGUGCCUUCAGAAUCAGUAUUACACAAAUGUGAGUCUUGGUAAAAAUAUUCCCUCUCCUUCUCCCAGGCCUCUCCUUCCCCACACUCCUCCAAAAUCUCUCUUUCUUUGCACUCCUGAGGUCCCUCCUUGGCCAUCUCUCCUACCCCCACUCUCUGCUCUCUCUCCCAGGUUUCUAUCCCACCCCCACUCUUUAUUCUCUUUCACUCUUACAUACACCCACUCUUUGCCUUUCUGCAUAAUCUCUGCUCACUCUCUCUCCCAUCUCACACUCACUGUUCUCCCAUUUUCUCUCUCUCUCUCUCACCCCAUUCUCUACUCUCUCUCUCUCACAUAUGCUGUCUGCACUCUCCCCUACCCCCACUCUUUGCCUUGCCACACAAUCUCUGCUCACUCUCUCUUCCAUCUCACACUCACUGCUCUCUCUCUCAUACCCCUCUCUCUGCUCUCCCUCCCACCUCACACUCCCACACUUACUUGCGACAUCUUCAAAGUGGCAUGA